GCCGGUCGAGGACGGAGGAGGAUAGGGGCAUGGCACGUCACGCUCCCGACCCCCGAAUCCAUCCAUCCAUCUCACCUGCACCACCACGGCAAUCAAUCAAUCAAUCAAUCAGUCGACCUCCACUCCACCCCACUCCACCAGCUAGUCACUCACUCACUCGGCUGCACCAGCACCAGCACCAGCACCAGCUAGUGAACCGGGGCGAGCCUCGCUUUCACGGAGCACUGCCCGCCGCCGCGUGCUCCAGCCUGCCAGCCAGCCAGAGAAAGAACCGGAGGGAGGCAGGCCAUGGCGACGCCGGAGCACGCGCACGCGGGCCGGGGCAACGCGACGGCCACCGCCAUCGCGACCAACAGGUGGGGGCCCUACUCGGGCGCGGGCGACUUCGCGGGCAACAUGGCCAUCAUCCUCGCGUCCCUGCUCGCCGCGCUCGCGCUCGCCCUCGCGCUCCACGCCGGCGUCAGGUGCCUGCUCCGCCGCCGCCGGCAACGGCAGCGGCAGGGGCGGGGCGUCGACGGCGCGGCUGAAGGAGACCCGGAGAAGCCGGCCGUGGCGGAGCCCGCGCCGCCGCCCCCGCUGCCGCCGCUGCUGGUGUACUCGGCGUCCGGGACGCGGCUGGCGGGCGCGGCCGCGCACGAGUGCGCCAUCUGCCUGGCCGAGUUCGCGGAGGGCGACGCCGUGCGCGCCAUGCCGGCGUGCGGCCACGGCUUCCACGCGCGCUGCAUCGAGCGCUGGCUCGCCGUCCCCACCUCCGCCGCAGGGUCACGCCGCCCCUCCUGCCCCACCUGCCGCGCGCCGGCCGCGCCGCCCUGACGCGGGCACGCGCGCGCGCGAGACAUUCCCUUGUUGUGUUGGCAAGCGCGCUCCGUUUGGCUCCCUUUGGAUUGCUCCCUCUCGAGUUCUUCUCUUUUUUCUUUUUUCAGUUUGUUCCGCGUGUAAAUAUCCGUCGAGUUCGGGAUUUGGAUUUUCGAAACAGGCUC